AUCAGAUCGGAUUUUCUCGAUGCGAGAAAAAGCCGCGCAAUUUUAAACUUCGAGCGCCUUUUACCGAUGCAGUGCUGAGUACUCCAUUCAUUUGUCUUUUGGGUAAUCGAGUUAUCGACUAUCGAGAUCGAUAUCGAUAGAGAGAGAGAGAGAGAGAGAGAGAGGGGCGAGGGAGAGGUACAUAACACCUGAGACGUUGAGCGGGAGGUCUGUGGCUGAUGAAGAGAAGAACCCUAAGGAGGAGCAGGAGAGAGGGGAGCAAAAUGAAGGGUACUGUCGCAAGGCAAUUUCCUGUUCAGCUGGGUCAGGUAUCUCUGCUUCCUUUCCAACAGCCAUCUUCCUCCUCUAACCCUUAUCGCUUCCAGAAGCUCUUGGAAGCUGAAAGGAACGAGGAGGAAGAGCAACCUAAGCCCUCUUCACUGAGCCUCGAUGUAGACGCCGAUUUGGAUGUCGAUUUUAGCCUCGACGAGAAGGAUUUCAUUCUCAGCCAGGACUUUUUCUGCACUCCGGAUUAUAUUACUCCAGAUGGGCAGCAAAUCUCCAAUAGUCUGGAUUGCAAUAAGGAAAAUAUCCCCUGUCCCAAAUCACCAGAAAAGUUGAAGACAGUUAGAAGCAAAAGACAAAGACAAGAGGGUUUCUUGGCCAAUUCUCUCAGUUCCAGCAUGCUCUGCAAUCAAGUGAUGGAUCUUGAAUCUGAUUCUUUUGAUCAAGAUGAUCUUAAGACAGAAAAUCCAUCUGUAGUUGCAUCAGAAAAGAAAAUGAAUUAUGUUUCACAAUCUGCUGUGGCUUUGCGCUGUCGUGUUCUGCCUCCCCCUUGUAUCAGGAACCCCUAUAUAAAGGAAGUUGGAGAAACAGAUCUAGAUCCUCUUGGUAGCCGGAGAGCAAAGUCAACAGGUUUUUUCUCUUCAGUUGUUGGUGGAGAUGGCCUUUCUCGCUAUCAUACAGAUUUCCAUGAGAUUGAGCAAAUUGGCUAUGGGAACUUCAGCCGUGUCUUCAAAGUUCUAAAAAGAAUUGAUGGUUGCAUGUAUGCAGUGAAACAUAGCAUUAGGCAAUUGCAUCAGGACACAGAAAAGAGGCAGGCUCUGAUGGAAGUUCAGGCUCUAGCAGCUCUGGGGUCUCAUGCAAACAUUGUUAAUUACUAUACCUCUUGGUUUGAAAAUGAGCACCUCUACAUUCAAAUGGAGCUCUGUGACUGCAGUCUAUCCAUUAAAGAAUCUUCUCCGUUUUUUAGCGAGGGAGAAGUCUUGGAAAUUAUGUAUCAGAUUGCUCAGGCAUUGCAGUACAUACAUGAACGGGGAAUAGCUCACCUGGAUGUAAAACCUGAUAAUAUUUAUGUCAAGAAUGGAAUUUAUAAGCUUGGUGAUUUUGGUUGUGCAACUCUAAUCGAUAGGAGCCUACCAAUUGAAGAAGGUGAUGCACGUUACAUGCCCCAGGAGAUCCUGAAUGACAAGUAUGAGCAUCUUGAAAAAGUUGACAUCUUCUCCCUGGGGGUUGCCAUUUAUGAGCUUGUUAGAAGAUCACCAUUGCCAGAAUCAGGGCCUCCGUUUUUGAACCUCCGAGAGGGAAAGAUACCAUUGCUUCCUGGGCAUUCUCUACAAUUUCAGAACUUACUCAAGGUUAUGUUGGAUCCUGAUCCUGUUCGACGACCUUCUGCUAAAGAACUAUUAGAAAAUCCUAUUUUUGACAGGGCACGCAAAAUUUCAAGGACGAAGUAACAGUAUGAUCUUGGAAGUUGGAUUUUUGUUUUUUUGAUGGGGACUAAAAGCUGCAUGUUGGAGAUUGUAUAUGCAGACUGCUCUGGCCAAUCUUUUUCUUGGAAUGGGGUGGGAGAAAGUUCAGGUUGCUCAAUUUCGUAAGAGCAGUUGUCUCUGAUAUUUGUACCAGUUUUCCCUUUAUGGUGCAGCGUGCAGUUUUUUGUAAAGAAAAAAAUGCCAUGGAUGAAUGAAUCAUCAAUCCUGUAUUUUGUUGUGAAAAUAGUAAUUAAUUUGGGAUUAACACUCAAAAAAUCCCUCGCUCGUUUUGUUAUGGACGUGAAAGAACUUCAUCUGAUCAAAGCAUAGCUUGAACAAGCCUCCAU